AUGGCCAUGGGCUCCAUGCCAGUACAACUGCAAGGCCUGAAUGAAGAGGACGGCAAUGCUGUAGCUGUGGUGUGGAUGGUGCGGACCGUUACCGCUGCCGUGUUCAUGAUGGCCAACGCCAGAAUGUGGGUCGCCUUCUCCGCCGCCUUGGCCGCCAGCGAGUCUGCGUUUGUGCCGACCAUCGUCAACUUUGUCAUCAACUCCAUCACCUCGACGCUGUUGGGCUUUGUUGUGUUUGGGGACGCGAUUGUGUGGCAGGUUGCGCUUGGAAACGCGUGCAUGAUCAGUGGCGCCGUGCUGCUCCUGUCCGCGUGA